ACUGGGAGAGAGUGGAGUCUUGCUAUCGUUUGGGGGAAACUAGCAAGGAUUAGUAGAAUGAUGGUUUGCUCAUGUGUAGAUAGUUAUUAUUAUGUCUACGUGUCCUGCUCAUCCUCGCCAUUUCCAGGCGCAGGCGCUAGAUGCUCGCUACCAGGGGGCCACAGGUGGUCUGAGAUCGGCAUAAAUGCUUGUGUUUAGAGCUGAGGGCAUGGCAUAAUAGUACUAACGUUAGUAGUAGCGGACAAGAAAAUCGUUGCUCUUUUUAGUUGUGCUCCUGUGGCCUGCUUUCGUCCUUUGCCAGUUUGUGAGGCGUUGUGACAGUGGAGUAGAAAUAGUAAUUGCCUCUAUCGUGCAGUGAUACCCUCAGCUGAUAGCAGUACGGUAUAAUAGUCAAGUACUAGCGUGUGCAGGCUGCCAAGCAUCCACUCGGACAACGUUGGACCUAUCCGUUUCGCUUGAACACAACGGAUCAUGGCCUUGCGAAGUAAGAUGAAAAUCAACAGCAAUAACAUGGAUGACGCGGUAGCUGCUGCCAAUGACGAUGUACUGGCUGCGCGACACAACCACGACGGCCUGGCUGAUACCUACCAUCGUACAGUUCGCGAUGGGAACGGGCCAGCUUUGAGCGACGUGUUACACCAUAUGAGUUCUUGGACUGGUACGUGUCGUUUACCAGACCUCACAGUGGACAUAGACCUCACUGGUAACGGUCCAUACCCGAGCAAAGAAGAGCUCAUGCUGUAUGCAUGCGGAAAGCUGCGCGAACGGUUUGCCCCAAAAAGCCGGCGGCCUAGUGCCCAUGUGUCCAAAUCCUACCGAGAUAACAUCCAUACUUUCAGUAUGGAUGUCACGCCAGCAGCAUUGUGCGGGAGCCACACUGCUCUGCAUACUGUUGCUACCUCGCCCGUCUCGCCAGUCUCAAGACGAGCACGGGCUGCAGCACUACAAAGGGAUGCAAUUCCGAGCCAAGCAACCGAGCCGCGUAGCGAGCAAUCAGUACCUGGAUCAGCUGCUGCCGGAGACAACGACGCUACAGCUGACCAUGAUCAAAGCAGCCUGCCACUUCGUCCCCGAUGUCUGUUUCCGGACACGGAGGCAUCCCUGGCUCAUGAUCCUGAAUUUCAAACGCUGCCAAGUACUUCAAAUGACUCUGGCAUUUAUGGCAUAGAUGCCAAUGCUCAUGCAAGAAGCAUGCGUUUGUCUUUGAGCAAGACAGAGCGCUUCCCAGACUUCCACCUGGUGCUUCUUCUGGGUGGCCCAAAUGCCAUCGUAAGUGUGGAGGAGAAGCUAGUGCGCAUGUAUGUACGCACUGGUCUAGAUUGGUUGGACGACUGCCUGGAUAGCCCUGUGGAAUGUGGCAGCAGCAAGAUCUUGUGCUCCACACCGAAAGCCAGUGAGAAGUUACCGACGUACGAGGAAAUAGACGGUGUUGGAUUCAUAGUUGAUGGCGGCGUCUUCGAUGAUGACAGCCAAGACGAUGCUCAGUUUGCAAGAACGGUCCAGGCCAAAGUGACUGGUCUGUGUCCUGGUGCUACUCUCUGUGACAGAAGCAACACAAUCUGCUCCUUCGGUGGCAACAAUAGGCAGAAUUUGCUGACCACCGCAGCGACGUACUCCAUAGCAAAUAACCGCUGGCAGGAGCAUACCGAUGCUGUAAGGUACGGUUGGUCGCACGGCCAAGGUGUGUUAUUAGAUGAUGAUGAUGACAGUGUGCUUUGCGUGGGCGGAAGUUACCAUCCAUGCGCACAUCCCAAGUGUAAUGAUCGCUCUGUUCUCAAGUAUCAGCGUUCUCUCUUUGCUACCGAGAGGCACCAAGUACCCACGUGGCUAUCUCCCAUGAGCACCAGUCGUCUGGACUUCGCGCUUGCUCCUCUCGACACAGGAAGCAAGGCACUGAUAGCUGCUGGCGGGAGAAGCCACGGUGGUAUGUACACGAGCUCGGCCGAGAUUUACACCGUGUCAGAAGACAGCUGGAGUAGCGCUGCAUGCAUGUCCAUGCCACGUUCUUGCUGCACGGCUCAGCUUGUCAACACGGAGCGCGUGUAUGUAGUGGGUGGUCUGUACGAGUCAUUUCAAUCUCCACUGGACACCGUGGACGUCUACGACAUUGGCAGUAACAGAUGGUCUACGCCAUGUGGUGCACGACUGGCCACACCGCGCCACUCCUCAGCAUCCACUGUCCUCAAUGGCAAUCUCUUCGCAUCCGGUGGUAUGUGUGACGGCAGCGUUCUAUCCAGUAUGGAAAUGCUAGAUACGCGCCAGGGCAAGUGGCGACAACUCACGGAAAUGACUCGACCGCGUGCAAACCACGGCAUGGUCACAAUGGCGGAGAUGGGCGCGAUGGGCAACAUCUUUGUUUUCGGCGGAUACGACGGUCGUGCCUACCUCAACACGGCAGAGUGGUAUGAUAUGCGCUUGAAUCGUUGGUUUAAUUGGCAACCAAUGUAAAGUAGUAUUACGGACACUGUGUGUGGGGGUUGUCUGUAUACUGAAUUACUGCCUUCCCUAGAAAGGCUAGAUACACAAUAUUGCUGUUUUCAGACGUCCGAACAGCAGUUAUAGCAAUUAUAGAUUAGAUUUCCCAGCGUGAAAUGUAUAGUUAGACUAUAAUAGACCGUUUUCAUAGAUGUUGCUGCUGCUGCAUGAUAGCUGUUUAUAGAGCUGUGCAGGGCCACUGCGCUAUUCCGAGUAUUGGCUAAUGUGCCAACAUUCAGCGUGUACCAAAUAAAACCGCUUUUUAUUUUUAAAUCUGAGCUAGUAUUGCGUCUCAUCAUUUACCGCUGACCUAGGGACUAGAGUGAUCCUCUCAAUUAUACAUUGUAGCAAGAGUACAUAAUCCCCAAGAGUGUGCAACUCCAGCUAUGGGGUCUGCGGCGGCAGAACGUCGCAUGCCAAGCACAUUAUUUACACCAUUUGCAUGAUAGUUACAGGGUUGUACGCAACCCUGCUUUGGGUUCAACUUUCUUAACCUAUUGAACCAUGUCAUGUAAUGGGAUGUUCUGCCGUCGCAGCACUGGAUAGAGGCUGUACAGGCAGUUGUGUACUCUAGUCUUGGGGUAAUGUAAACUUGAGCGCUAUUUGUUUUUCCGGCGUUCGUGCGUGCGAUGCUGAACCAUGUAUUUCGUUGAAAGGCAAAAUGGACGGACACCCCUGGACUGGGCUUCAAACAUGCACACCAUAAGUUGAUGAUCUUUCCCUGUGUCUCUCUCCCUCUUUACAGCUCUAUUGUGUUUCAAUAAAUCACUUCACUAUCGUCUCUUUCUUUCAACAUUAUUAAAUUUUAUGACCACUAUUAUCAACUUUACUGAUACUUAUCAUUGAACACACACCUGCAGUGGAUCUGUAAAGCUUACUUGCUAUUCCUGGCCUGCCUUCAAACGUAUCUCAGUAUCUGCCUGCUGUAACGCGUAUCAUUCUGCUGAUGAGUUUGCUCCGCCUCUCAUAUCUGAAGGCCGGUCUUGCAUGGCAAACAGACUUUUAGUUUAGAGCUGUAUGAGCACUGAGCUACUAAAACCAUGCUCUCCUUGCUGGUGUGAAAAGUG